AUGAUGGUAACCAGAACUGAAUUAAAACAAUUACGAUAUCUGAGAAUCUUUCGGAAUCAAGUUCUGCCAACCAAGUUUUAUCGCAGUUCAGUAAGAAGAAACCUAUGGACCAAACAACAAGAUCCUCCGCUGAAAAGAGUAUUUGACGAUUCACAAUAUUGGGUCUCAAUAAAUAAUCCAAACAAUACAUACACAGGAAAAAUCCUAUCACAAUUGGUGCCAAAUCCUGCCACCAAGACUACAGGGUUAUUUGCAAACCCUUACUUAACUACACCUAGUGGUUUACGUGAAUUUAGUGAUGUGUCGCUAGCUAAAGCAAAAAAAAUCAUUGAUAACUUGAAGAGUGACCGAUCGUUGGACGGUAAAGUUAACUUCGUCAUCGAGCUAGAUCGGUUGAGUGAUACAUUAUGUAGAGUCAUUGAUCUUUGUGAAUUCAUACGAUCAGCUCAUCCGGAGGAAGGCUUUAUUGAAGCUGCGCAAGACUGUCAUGAGAAGUUAUUCGAGUUUAUGAAUGUUUUAAACACAGAUAGAGAGUUAUGUGAAUUAUUGAAUGAGACUUUACAAGAUGAACAAGUUCUAUCUAAAUUAUCAGAGGAGGAAAAAAAAGUAGGGUAUAUUUUACUACAGGAUUUCAUCAAAUCAGGUAUCUAUAUGGAUUCUGGAAAGAAAGACCAAUUUAUAACAUUGUCACAAGAUAUUAGUGUGAUAGGUCAAGAAUAUAUUAAUAAUAUAAACCAAUUGGCAAGAAAUCAUAUCAAAGUAAAGCGCUCUGAACUAGACAAUGCUGGGAUAGAAUUCGAUGUGGCAUGCCAACUGGGCAAGGAUAUAACAGGUAAAUAUUACAAGAUCCCAACAUAUGGUCAUCUUCCCUUUCUAAUAUUAAAAGCAUGUACGGAUCCUGAAAUUAGGAAAAAAAUAUGGGUUGCAAUGCAUGAUUGUUCUAAGCAACAAAUUGAACGAUUAACAAAUUUGGUUAAAAUUAGAGCCUUCCUAGCUCAUACAAUGGGCAGAGAAUGUUACGCGGCUUAUGCUAUUGAUGGCAAAAUGGCCAAAAAUCCCAAAGAUGUUGAUGAAUUUUUAAAGUCAUUAAUGGACUUUCUAAAGCCUAAAGCAGCCAAAGAACUCAAAUUUAUAUCGGACCUUAUACAUAAUGAGAAGGGAGAAAAACCAAGUGAUGAUGUCGAUGAAAUUCUAACUGCAGUACGUCCCUGGGAUCGCGAAUACUAUACGGCAAUACAUCGCAAUAAGCAAAAACAUUUGCUAUUGGAUGAUUAUGCUUUGGAUGUAUAUUAUCCCUUAGGAAAUGUUAUACAAGGAUUAUCAGACAUAUUUGAGAGUAUCUAUGGUAUACGAUUUGAACCUGCUGUAGCUGGCAAAGGAGAGACAUGGUCAUCUGAUGUUCGAAGAUUGAAUGUAGUUUCUGAAAAGGAAGGGUUGAUUGGCAUAAUCUAUUGUGACUUAUUUAGACGUCAAGGUAAAACCAAUAAUGCAGCCCAUUUUACAAUAUGUUGUUCAAGACAAAUAUACCCUCACGAAGAUGAUUUUUCCACCAUUCAACUUGGUACUAAUGUUGAUGGAACGAAAUUUCAAUUACCGAUUAUUUCCUUAUUAUGCAAUUUUAAUACUAGAUGUCUAAAUUCAGGGGAAACAAUAUGCCUAUUAGCUUUGAAUGAAAUUGAAACGCUAUUCCAUGAAAUGGGCCACGCAAUACAUUCCAUGUUAGGUAGGACACGUUUACAAAAUGUCAGCGGCACUAGAUGUUCGACAGAUUUUGUUGAAUUACCAAGUGUCUUGAUGGAACAUUUUGCUCGAGAUACAAGAGUCCUAAAAAGAAUCGGCCACCAUUACAAGACUGGAGAUAGAGUACCUGCCACUUUAUUAAAUCGUUAUUUGGAAAAGGCUCGUUUCUUAAAAGAUUGCGAAACAUUUUCACAAGCUAAAAUGGCAAUGCUUGACCAAAGACUAUAUGAUAAGAAUAUUGUUCAAAAUAUUGAUAGCGUUGAUGUUGUAAAGAUAUAUCAUGAGCUUGAAAAGGAGUUGGAAGUCUUGGUAGAUGAUGAAAGUAAUUGGUGUGCUAAAUUCGGUCAUUUAUUUGGAUAUGGUGCAACAUAUUAUUGCUACUUAUUUGAUAGGGCUAUCGCUUCUAAAGUUUGGAAAAAAUUGUUUGAAAAAGAUCCGUAUAGUAGAAGCGGAGGAGAAAAAUUCAAAAAUGAUGUUCUUAAAUGGGGAGGCCUAAGAGAACCGUGGAACUGCGUCGCAGAUGUGUUAGACAAUCCCGACUUGGCACAUGGCGGUGAGAAAGCUAUGAAAUUCAUUGGCCAUGUUGAUGAUAUAUAA